GCCAGCAUAUUCUCUUAAAUGCCAUCUCUCCAGCCCAAGAAAUGCCUCUCAAACUUUUGGUUCGAACUGGUGCCUCCAUCUGCAGCCCCACCGCAGGAAGCAGCCAUCAAAGCUUGAGCUACAGGUAACUGCUAUGCCACUCUCCAGAGAAAGCCAGAACAUCUCCAGCUGCGGCAGUGAUGAGUACCUGUCUAUGGGCCACUGCUGCAAGUUAUGUCCUGCAGGUAUGUUUGUCCAGGAGCACUGCCGGAUACCCCACACCCAAGGACAAUGUGAGAAAUGUUACCAAGGGACGUUCACAGAGGCUCCUAAUGGCCUAGAGUCUUGUAGGCUUUGCUCCAGGUGUCAUAAAGACCAGAAAAUCAUAGCCAAUUGCUCUGCCACCAGUGACCAGAAAUGCCAGUGCCAAACUCAGCUUUACUGCAAUGACCCAAAUUUCCCAGAAACCUGCCUCCCACUUAGCAAGUGUCCCCAGGGAGUCCCUGUCCUCCAGAAACGCAACUCCACAGCAAACACAUUGUGUAAUCCAUCUACCUCAGAUCACAGAAACCGGCUAUUCCUACUGACAACACUAAUUCCAAUCUUGCUAAUUGCUGGUGUCUACAAUGCCUAAGAGAAUAAAGGUUCUA